AUGGCUUCCCCACUUCUCCUUGCCCAGCAAUUUUUGUCUGCGGUCACCACCAGUGGCAUCUCUGACCAGUACUCAGGAUGCAUUAACUCUACGGGGUCAAACUCCACACUCUCGUCAGAUGCUACUCAAACGCCUGGGAUCCCUACAGAUAUUUCUUCUUUGAUCGGCUUUCUGGUUUCCUUCUCGGCCCUGCGCGAUUGGCUGAAACUCAUUGUCUUUGGAAGUGCCUUGGAGAGUUGCAGGCGCCUGUGUUUAUAUCUCUACACCAAACUCUAUAAUUCAUUCUUCAUCACUGCGAGAUUCGAGGAAGAUGAUUCUAGUUAUGACUGGAUGAUGGUUUGGCUCUCUAAGCAACCCUCGUGGAAAACCGCCCGUGAUGUUCAGAUUAGCACACGAACUUUCAACCUCAGUUCAAAUGCUGUUAUGAUUGAAGGAGAAGACGAAGAUCCCAAUUCCAUCGCCCAUGGCAAUCGUCCAUUGGCCUACCUCCCUUCAGAGUCCACAGUUCACUCUUUUUGGUACAAGCGACGCUGGGUGCGUGUGACCAGGGUGAUAAGACAGGGUUACUAUAACCGUCGCGAAGAAGUUAUCGAACUCUGCAUAAUGUCUACCACUCAUAAAGUACUCAACGAGCUUUUGAUCGAGGCAAAGAAAACAUACCAGGAGGCUCAGCAAAAUACUAUAUCCAUCUAUAGUUCUGAUUGCAACAAUAACUGGAAUCACAUUGCAUCUCGUCCUAAACGCCCCUUGACCUCUAUUGUCUUGGACCCAGGUGUCAAGGACCUACUCAUCGACGAUGCUCGAGACUUCAUGGCCAGCAAAUCGUGGUAUUCUGCUAGAGGCAUUCCUUUCCGCAGGGGUUAUCUUCUUUAUGGGGCUCCCGGAUCUGGAAAGACGAGUAUCAUCCACAGCUUGGCUGGUGAACUCGGUUUGGAUGUUUAUAUCAUCUCCCUUUCUCGUUCUCUAUUGGACGAUACUGCCCUCAGUGACCUAAUUUCAAAUCUACCUGAGAAAUGCAUUGCCCUAAUGGAGGAUAUUGAUGCUGCCUUCAACCAGACCUUACAUCGCGAUUUGGAUCCCGAAGAUGAUAAAGAAAACCCGGAAGAGGAUGAUGAAAAGAAGAGCCAGGCGUCGACUCCAUUUGCCCCCACAACGAGCAGGGUUACUCUCAGCGGUCUUCUAAACGCACUUGAUGGCGUUGGCGCACAGGAAGGACGUAUUCUAUUUGCAACUACGAACAAGUACUCUGCUCUUGACCCUGCUCUCUGCCGGCCUGGACGCAUGGAUAUCCAUAUUCACUUCAAAUUGGCGAGCAAAUUUCAAGCCCGGGAACUUUACCGUUGUUUCUACCUUCCUGACUCUGAAAAAGAAGAACGCGAAGAAAAUGAGAAGAAGGCGAUCGAUAUAAAGGCAAAGCCGGCUGAUGAUUCCGGAUACACAUCUGUCGACGAAAAGACCACCCUCCUAUCAUCAUCCUCGUCGUCAGAUGCUGGUUCUACCGUAUCUUCUGACCCCGAGCCUGUCAUUUUCAACGGCAGCUCACACCGUGCUCGUGGACCUCAGCUGUCAGCGGCCGAAGUCGCGGCUCUCGCUAUGCAGUUUGCCGAGAUCAUUCCAGAACGCGAGUUCUCGAUGGCAGCUCUUCAAGGAUACCUUAUGGCAUACAAAGUUCGUCCUUUUGAAGCCAUUAAGGAUGCACCUGCUUGGAUAGAAAAAGAGCGACAUGAAGCUGCGAAGAAGGCUGCGAAGGCCAGCAAAAAGACAACCCCUUCCGAUAAUGUUUAG